AUGUGUGCUGCCGCCCCACGCCCCAGACUGCGUCACCCGCCGCCAGGCGGCGCGAUUGUGUGCAAAGCAACGCGACGCAGCCGGCAGCCAGCGAGCAGAGGAUGUGCGCGCGCCAGUCGUCGCUGCCCCACAUACCUGCCCGGCGGCGUAACGUCGCUGCAGCCCGCUUCUGUAGACAGUUACAAACAGCUCCACUUCGGGGCCCACAACGGCCUUGCGGAGGUCGCGCGGGGCCCGCCACAGGAGCGCCUUGCACCACUGUGCAGUGUGCAGCGACGAGCCGCCCGGUCGGCCUUGGCCUUGUUCCAGCUCGCAGCCAGGCGGCCGGCGGGCGCGCUCGUAAAGCGCCGCGUUUCGUCCAGUCCGUCGCCCGGUCCUUCCGAUCGGCACGUCCCACCGUCCCAGUCACCAACGGACGGUACAGACGUCCCACCUGACAACCUUGCCGCCGAACAGGCUCCCGCACCGGAUGCUGAGGAGACCAGUACAUCUUCACAACACCUGUUUGACAAUUUCAUUGUACCCACCGACGCCUUCGAACCAGGUCGACGCUCCUCCUUGCCGUCGUCCGACACUGAGGAACACGUGCGCAAACAACGCUCGCCACGUAGGCGCAAACGCCGUCGCCGUUCACCCACGGGCUCUCAGAGCGUUGCCACCCGCGACGACGAAGACGACACCCAAGCAGCCGACAUUUCCACGCAGAGGUCGGCGGACAACUUUCACGAUGAACAAGACGUUUCGCAGGACGGGACCACUAUGGAGGUCGCCACGCACAAUGUAACAAUCGGUGCGCCGGUUGAGACGCCUGUCUCCCCGCCGACAACUCCAGAUCUCUCUCACCACGACGCAAUUCCCAUGGACAUUGGACAGACCCACGGCACAGGAGCAUGGGCCGACGACAUUGAGGAAGGUACGCCCCCUCCUCCGGAUGAGUUACCUCCGCCGGACGAGACUACCUGUUAA